AUGACCGUCGACACAUUAGAACCUUCUCCAGAUGAUAUUAAGGACUUUAUUUUUGACUUUGAGGAUGAGUGUAAAAUCGAGUUUAUUGAUCCACGGUACUUAUCUCUCAACACCUUGGACAGCGACAACUCAGCCCUUGAAUACUUUUAUUUAAGCCCAUUUUACCUUAAUCAUCGCGAUAAAGCCCUAAAUGAGGCAAUAAGGGCAGGGAAAACAGUAGAUGAUUACCAAGUUGGAUUAAUAUUUAAGGUGACGUACAAUAAUUUGGACAGCUUAAACCAAGAAGCUCUGAAGUUUGGAUCUAACGCUGCCAGCAGAUCGCAGUUUUACGUCAUGUCAAGCAUAUUUCAUAUCACUUUGUUCUCAAGGGACUUGGGACGAACCGGUGUUGAAACAACUCCUAUAAAGAUUUACUACAUAAUUCAAGGAUCCAUUUUUAUGUGCCCGCCCUUCGGCUCACUCGUUCGAACUAAACUACAUCAGUACAUAUCUGAUUUCGAGCGUUUCUAUGAUAGACUGAAUAGCAUAUCCUCCUGGUCAAUCACAAACGGAUACGUGUGGAAUCCCAAGGAGAGGAACGUGAACAGGGAAAUUGAAAAGCUGUCUGAAAGGUACGGCUUCAAUGCCUGCGAGGAAAAGGACUACGUUUCCGACGGAAACAUGAAUAUUUUUUACCUUAAGCCUGAGGAUAAGAUUGGGGCCAGGGUACUCCAAGAUGAGCUGUGUCAAGUGAACGAGGAGUUACAAAAACUACACACGUCGGAUGAAGCAGCGACUCAGUAA